UACACAUAGACAAAUGAUACUUUAUUUAUGGUACUGUCUAUAAGAUACGACAAAAUAUCUGGCGUAUUGAUUUUGUUACUUUACAUAGACAAUUUUAAAAGAUUAUAGAGAUAAGUGGAAAAUGAGUUUUUUGGUCAUAUUCAAAUAUUACGCAUUAAUUUAUAUUGAAUUGGUCGUGCAUCCAUCAAAUCUCAUAAAUUUCAAUUAAAAUAACUGCCCUAGCACAAAUAAUUAAUGCCCGUCUAUGAGUUUCUAGAAAAUUCUUAGCCUCACGUUUACAAAAUCAAAUAAUUUAAAAUACAAACUAUUUUAUGAUAAAAGUUCAGUUCAGAGGUCGACCUUCAAGGUUAUAAAAAGCGAUAAGUGAUUAAUCAAAAUUGAAUAUUUUAUACUGUUAUUUUUAUCUUGCAAUUUUACUCUACUUUUAUAUUAGUAGUGCAAGAAGCAAGUCGUCGAUUAAUUUUCCAGUGUAAGAUAUACAAGUAUUAACUGUUAGAAAAUGAGCACCACAGGAAAGGUCAUAAAAUGUAAAGCUGCAGUUGCUUGGGGUCCCAAAGAAUUACUUAAAAUUGAAACAAUUGAAGUUGAUCCACCAAAGGCACAUGAAGUGAGAAUCAAGAUCAUAUACACUGCUGUUUGCCAUACUGACUCAUACACUCUUAGUGGACAAGAUCCAGAGGGUCUUUUCCCAGUUGUUCUUGGUCAUGAAGGAGCUGGAAUUGUUGAAAGUGUUGGUGAAGGUGUUACUAACCUCAAGCCAGGUGAUCAUGUGAUUCCUUUAUAUGUUCCUCAAUGUGGAGAAUGUAAAUUUUGCAAAUCACCAAAGACAAAUUUAUGCCAGAAAAUUCGUGUAACUCAAGGGCAAGGUAAAAUGCCCGAUGGUACUUCUAGAUUUAGGUGUAAAGGGAAAGAGUUAUAUCACUUCAUGGGCUGCUCAACUUUCAGUGAAUAUACAGUUGUAGCAGAUAUUUCAGUUACAAAGAUUGAUGCAGCUGCACCAUUGGAUAAGGUAUGUUUAUUAGGUUGUGGAGUACCUACAGGUUAUGGUGCUGCCCUCAAUACUGCUAAAGUAGAAAAAGGAAGUACUUGUGCGGUUUGGGGGUUGGGUGCGGUAGGUCUAGCUGUUGGAUUAGGAUGCCAAGCUGCUGGUGCAUCAAGAGUAAUUGGAAUAGAUUUAAAUCCAGCUAAAUUUGAAAUAGCUAAAAACUUUGGUUUCACUGAAUUCAUCAACCCAAAAGACUAUGAAAAACCUAUAACAGAAGUUCUGGUGGAACUAACUGAUGGUGGUUUGGAUUAUACUUUUGAAUGUAUUGGAAACAUUCAUACAAUGCGUGCUGCUCUAGAGUCGAGUCAUAAAGGAUGGGGUGUUUCUACCAUAGUAGGAGUAGCUGGUGCAGGACAAGAAAUUAGCACUAGACCUUUCCAACUCGUUACUGGACGUGUGUGGAAAGGAACUGCUUUCGGAGGAUGGAAAAGUCGUGAUAGCGUACCUAAACUUGUAGAUGAAUAUUUGACCAAAAAAUUGAAAUUGGAUGAAUUUAUUUCUCAUUCCUUGAAAUUUGAACAAAUCAAUGACGCUUUUCAUCUAAUGCACAAAGGAGAAAGCAUCCGCUCAGUCCUUGCACUUACACCAAGCAGCAGCCUCUAAAAAUAUAUUUUUUAUAUUGUUUUUCAAUAAUAAAAAUUGUUUUGAAUGGU